AUGGUCACUGAAAUCCCGCAAAAGGACAUCGAGAUCCAGGAGGGCUACGUCGGCAACCUCACGCAGGAGCAGGAGGUCAAGCUGCGCGAGCUGUGGACCAAGUUCUUUGAGACGUGCGACCAGGCCGCCGACAAGGGCGACCCCGAGGCCGCAGCCCGGCGCAAGGCCGCCGGAGGCGACCUCGGUGGAUGGGACGAGAAGAAGAGCGGACCCGAGGGUGCCGGCAUCCCAAAGGACGACGCGGCCAAGGACGAGCUCAAGGCCCGAGAGGAGCAGGCCGCCCUCGACGAGCUCCUCAACCAGUACGGAGGAGCGGCGCUGCGCGACACGUUCUGGAAGUUUGUAAAGGCCGACAACCCGGACACGGACGUGCUGCGCUUCCUCCGCGCCAGAAAGUGGGACGUGUCGCGCGCGUUUGCCAUGAUGGCCGGCUGCAUGAAGUGGCGGCUGGACAACGACGUCGAGUCGCUCGUGGAAAACGGCGACCUGGGCAACGCAUCGAUUGAAAAGUUCCUCGACCAGCAGCGCUCGGGCAAGACGUACGCGCUGGGCACCACGGACAACGAGCAGCCCAUCUGCUACAUCCACGUCAAGAAGCACCUCACCUGGGGCCAGCCGGGCGCCUCGAUGAGCAAGUACGUCAUCUACGCCAUGGAGUCGUUCCGCCUGCUCAUGGUGCCCCCCAACGACAAGGUCGUGCUCCUGUUUGACCUCACCGGGUUCGGCCUGAGGAACAUGGACUGGAACUGCAUCCUCUUCAUCGUCAAGUGCCUCGAGGCGUACUACCCCGAGUCGCUCGGGACGCUCUACAUCCACAAUGCGCCGUGGAUCUUUAGCGGCAUCUGGAAGCUGCUCGGCCCGAUGCUCGACCCGGCGGUGCGGAGCAAGGUCAAGUUCACCAAGAAGCCCGCCGACAUUGAGCUGGUGCCCAAGGAGCGCCUCGCGGCCAUCAUGGGCGGCGACAAUGUCAAGGAGUUUGAGUUUGUCGAGCCGGUCGAGGGCGAGAAUGCCAAGGUGCACGACCAGGAGGGGCGCAAGCGCGUCGAGGACGCCUACAUGGCGCACGCCAAGGAGUACGAGGACGUGACGCGCAAGUGGAUCCAGACCCAGGGCCAGGACAACGACGUCGUCCGCCAGCGCGACCUGCUCGUCAAGAAGCUGCGCCUGGCCUACUUUGAGAUGGAUCCGUACGUGCGCGGCCUCACCGUCUACCACCGCAACGGCGUCCUCGACGGCCAGGGCAUCGUCACGUGGGAGUACGAGCACAAGGACGGCGAGCUCUUCCGCCACAUUGUGGGCAAAAAGUACUGCGCCGAGGCGCUCCGCAUGCAGAUCAAGGACAUCGAGGGCGGCGCCGACCCGGUCGAGGCAGAGGAAAAGGCCGAAAAGCAGUUCCACGAGGUGACCGAGGCGCCCAAGGACGCCGCCAGGCGCGCCGUCGAUGCCGACACGGACAAGGUGCAGCAGCACGACGCCCACGCCGCCAAGGCCAUCGAGGCCGCCCUGGCCAAGGACGACAAGCGCGACGCGGAAAAGAAGGCCAACGGCGGCGCCGCGUCCAUCACGACCCAGGACGUCGACUCGACCGACACGUCGGCCACGGCCGUGCACGACGACGCCGGCGCCGGCGCCGGGUCCAAGAUGAGCAAGACGGGCGGCUCGAUCAAGAAGAAGACGUUUAGCAUGGGCUCCAAGCUCAAGGCCGUCGUCAGCCCCAACAAGGCGUAG